AUGGAGUACCUCGUCCGCUUCUCGCAGGCCCACGAGUCCUUCCGGCUCCCGGAGUUGCAGGCCCUCGCCGACCUGGAGGGGAUCGACAUGAAGGUGGUCGAGUACAGCCCUGAUUCUCCCUUCUGCAUAAUUACCCUCCCGUCCCCUUCCCUCGCCCCGCGUCUCAUCGCCCGCUCCCUUCUCACACAAUCGAUCCAUCUCCUCCUUGCCUCGGCGCCCUCUCACGAAGCCAUCCACGAGGCCCUCAGGCCAUCCGUUAACUCCCCGACGCCGACCUCCUUCGACUGGUCUUCCGUCUCGGCAUCCUCCUUCAAGUUCUCCCUUGAUACCUACCAGACCUCCCGCCCGCACGCCGAGUUCGUCGCCCUCAUCAACGCGUUCCGCUACCUGCCCCUCCGCGGGCCCAUCAACCUCAAGACGCCCGACAUCGAGCUCACAAUCUUCGAGGACUGGGACCUCCACGGCCCGGCCCCGAAGCGCGUCCACUUCGGCCGUCACCUCGCCUCCGGCGCCCGCCACCUGUCCCUCACCUACGACCUCAAGAAGCGGGGGUACAUCAGCACCACCUCCAUGGACUCGGAGCUCGCCCUUGUCACCGCGAACCUCGCCCACGCCGCGCCCGGCAGGCUCUUCUACGACCCCUUCGUCGGCACGGGCUCCUUCCCCAUCGCCUGCGCCCACUUCGGCGCCCUCGGCUUCGGCAGCGACAUCGACGGCCGCAGCAUCCGCGGCGCCGGCGGGGACCGCAGCGUCAGGGGCAACUUUGCGCAGUACGGCCUGCUGGAUCGCGUUGGUGAGUUCUGGACCGCCGACCUGACCAACACUCCCGUCAGGAAAACCCGGUGGCUCGACGGCAUUGUGUGCGAUCCGCCGUACGGCGUGAGGGAGGGUCUGCGCGUGUUGGGGUGCCGGGACCCGGAAAAGACGCCGUGGGUCGUCGAGGCCGGGAAGCAGCGGUACAAAUCGGGAGACUUCAUCGCCCCGAAGAAGCCGUACAGCUUUCUCGUCAUGCUCGACGACAUCCUCCAGUUCGCCUCCGACACCCUCGUCGACGGCGGCCGCCUCUCCUUCUGGAUGCCCACCGCCAACGACGAGGACCAGGAGAUCCCCACGCCGCAACACCCUCGCCUCGAGAUCGUCGUCACGUGUGUGCAGCCCUUCAACAAAUGGUCUCGGAGACUCAUCACAUACCGGCGCAUCCCCGACAGCCAGGUUGAUCCGGAGAAGCUGGCCGCCUAUAAGCGUACAUUCGUGGCGGGAACAACAGCGGAUGAGCUGAACCCUUUCCGAAAGGGUUACUUCACCAAGUUCGAAAAAGAGGAAGCCUAG